AUGUCGCAGUAUCCUACCGCCGCGCCAGGUCAAAAGACCUUCAAGCUCAACACGGGCGCCGAAAUCCCCGUAGUCGGCUUGGGAACAUGGCAGUCUGCUCCCGGUGAGGUCGCAAAAGCCGUCGAGAGUGCCAUCAAGAGCGGUUACCGUCACAUUGACGCCGCCUGGAUAUAUGGCAACUCCGAGGAGGUAGGAGCCGGAAUCAAAGCCGCCGGAGUACCUCGAUCGGAGCUGUUCGUCACCACUAAAGUGUGGUGUACCUACCACCGACAGCCCGAAGCUUGUCUCGACGAAUCGUUGCAGAUGCUAGGCUUGGACUACGUCGACUUGCUUCUGAUCCAUUGGCCUGUCCCGCUCCAAAAGCGAGGAGACGAAAAGAUCCCACUCAACGAGGACGGAUCGCGUGCUAUUGACCGCGAGUGGACUCCCGAGCAGACGUGGGAGCUCAUGGAGAAGCUGCCGGCUACUGGCAAGACCAAGGCGAUCGGCGUGUCAAACUGGAGCAUCCCGUACCUUGAGAAGCUGCUGACCAACGCCAAGAUCGUCCCUGCUGUGAAUCAAGUCGAGCUUCAUCCGUUCCUUCCUCAACACGAGCUGGUCAAGUACUGCCAGGACAAAGGAAUCCUCCCCCAAGCCUAUUCGCCCCUCGGAUCGUCUGGAGGUCCAGUUCUGAAUGACGAGCUGGUCCAGUCGAUCGCCAAAGCGCACAAGGCGGACCCAGCGCAGGUGGUCAUCUCGUGGGCUGCCCAGAGAGGCGUUGUCGCGCUGCCAAAGAGUGUCACUCCCAGCCGUAUCGAGACCAACAGCCAGCUUAUCGUGCUCUCGGACGAAGAGAUGCUUCAGCUCAACGAGCUGCACAAGCAAGAAGGCAAGGCAGUCCGCCUCGUCAAGCCCAACCACUUCGCUGCUCUCGCCGCCAACGAUUCCGCAGAGCAGUUCACACCAAUCUUGAUCUGCAUUCGCCGCUCCGACAUCCGCAUGACUUCCGCAUUCUCGUAG